AUGGUUGAUUUGAAAGACUUCUUGCCAGAUUGGGUCGUUGUUGGGUUCUCUGCUUCAACUGGUAGUUCUGUUGCUCUGUUUAAGAUCUUCUCAUGGAAUUUCAAUUCAACUUCACUAGUUGAUCGCCAUGAGGUCAAGUCAGGAAAUUAUAACAGGAUUGGACUAAUAAUUAGGGUAAGCAUUGGUGGUUGUGCUGUUGUCUUGGUUGGUGUUUUGGGUUUGGUUUGGUUCAUUUUAUGGAAGAAGAGGGAUGGAGGGGAAAGUAGCGAUGAAAAUCCUAUGGUAAAUGAAUUGAUUGAUGAAGAAUUCGAAAAGAGGGUUGGCCCGAGGAAGUUUUCGUAUAGUGAAUUGGUUUGUGCAACGAGUAAUUUUGGGGAGGGAGAAAAGCUCGGAGAGGGAGGGUUUGGUGGGGUUUAUAAAGGCUUUUUACCGGACUUGAAGUCAUUUGUUGCUGUGAAGAGGAUAUCUAUGGAGUCUAAACAAGGACUCAAGGAGUAUGCUUCGGAAGUAAAGAUCAUCAGUCAACUUAGGCAUCGACAUCUUGUGAAACUUAUUGAUUGGUGUCAUGAAAGAAAGUUUAUACUUGUGUACGAGUUCAUGCCCAAUGGCAGCUUAGAUGCUCAUUUGUUCAAAGAACAAAGGUUUCUAACUUGGGAUGCAAGAUACAAAAUUGCUCUAGGGUUGGCUUCUGGGUUGCUCUAUCUACACGAAGGAUGGGAACAAUGCCGAGACUUGUGGACCAUGGACGAGCUGGAAACAACAGCACUGGCUGGAACCAUGGGCUACAUGGCUCCAGAUUAUCUCAACAUGGGAAAGGCUAGCAAGGAAUCAGAUGUCUACAGCUUGGGAGUUGUUGCUUUGGAAAUAGCAUGCGGGAGAAAGGCCAUCGAUCCAAAGUUUGGAACUGGUAAAAUAAAUAUGGUGGAGUGGAUUUGGGAGCUUCAUGGAGAAGGGAGAGCCAUUGAAGCAGUUGACCCAAAACUAUGUGGAGAUUUUGAUGAGGAACAAAUGGAGUGCCUGAUCAUUGGUGGGUUAUGGUGUGCUCAACCAGAUUACAAUAUGAGGCCUUCAAUUCAACAAGCAAUUCAAAUGCUUAACUUCGAGAUUCCCUUGCCUUCUCUCCCAUCAAAGAUGCCGGCGGCCACCUAUUUUACUGCUCCGAAAUCGCUCUCUAUGUUGUCCAGGGAUACUAGUGGUUCUCAAGGAGGCCAAACUGGCUAUGGCCACAACACUUAUACCUCACAUGAUUGUGCUAAUGCAUGGUUUUAA